AUGGAACAGUGCUUGGAAGUGUUUCAGGAACAAGCUCUCGCUAAAGCCCCUCCAUGUGACACUCAACUUCAGGAGUUACUUCAUCAAAUUGACAUCACAGUAAACAGCAAAAAAGUGGAAUGGGAAAGGAAGAUGAAAGCUUUGGAAGCAAAGAUGGAUAUCCAGGAUCAAGAACUAGCAAGAGCCCAAAGCAAACUGGAUCAAAAAGGUCAAGAGGUGGGACUACUUCAGCAGAAACUGGAAAACUUACAGAAAAAUAAGUAUGAAAUGGCUCAGAGUUAUGAAACGCAGCUUCAUGCACUGAAAUCUCAAUUUUCAAAGCUGACACAUAGUUAUGAAAAGCUACGGUUACAUCAGUUAAAACAAAAAAAUCUUCAAAGUAGAGGAAAAUGUGAGGAAAGCCUAGAGACACCAUUUGAAUUGAGUAACUUAAACAAGAAAUUGGAGGAAUUUAAAACAAAAUCAAGAGAAUGGGAUAAGAAAGGGACAAUCUGCCAAAAUCAUCUCAUUUAUUUAGAUGCUCAGCAAAAAUUAUUGUCUGAGAAAUGUAAUUUAUUUCAGAUAAGCAAUAAGAAACAGAAUCAAGAAGAGGUAAUUACAUAUGGCCAUCCUGGAAGUGAAAAGGAUGAGUUAAUUACUGAAAAGCCAAAGGCAGCUGUGAAUGAAAUAACAAUAUACAGGAACAGACUACAAGAGGAAAAUCUGAAACUCCAGGAGGAUCUAAAAAUGUUCCAAAAACAGUACCAGAACAUGGAGGCCAGCUUUUUAGAAAUGAGAAAAGAGCUGCAGUCACGCGAUGCUCUCUGGAGAAGGAUACAUCUGGAAUGCCAACAAUUGCAUACAGAAUUAUUGAAAAUCAGAGAAAUGCAGGAAAUUCAAAUAAAACAUCAGUCAUCUUCUGUGCAACUUACUGAGCAACUAGAAAAUAAAAAUUCAGACUUAUUACUAGUGGCACAAAGUCAAGAAAGCCAACAAGAAGUGCUAAACAAGAUAAGAAACCAUCUUUAUCGAGAGGAGCAGUCCCAUCGCUCUGAGCAGGAAAGAACAAGGACAGAAAUCUCUGACCUGACAGAAGAGCUUCAUCAGAAGGAGAUCACUAUAGCAACUAUCAUGGAGAAAGCUAGUCUUCUGGAAAGACAGUUAAAAAUGGAGUUACAGAUAAAAGACAAAUUGUUAGCAAAACAACAGUUGUUGGAUUUCAGGUACAAAGUUAUCAAAUCUGAAAACACACAUCUAAAAGAGAUGAUGGAAAAUCUCGAGUGCAAAAGUUGCAUGAGUAUAGAUUUAUCGAACAAAGAACAUGGAAAUUUCACAGCUUCCAUUCACAAACUGGAACAUGAGAAUGUAAGAUUUCAAAAUAGUCUUGUUAAACUGCAAAAUGACACAGAAACAUCAAUACUGGGUGGCAUGGAUAUAUAUGGAGAAAGAGAGCACAGUUACCAAGCUGGUUCAAAGAUGCAGGAAAAGGAAGAGAGAACUUUCCAAAAUGAAGAUGAAUGGCACAUGAAAGCUCAACAGACUGCUCUGCUCACAGCCAGUGGAUGCCACAGAAACCGUAGCCCUACUUUAUAUGGCCAAGGCAAUAUCACUGGCUCAAAAAAUGGUAUCGCUUUAUCUUAUAAACUUGACAGAGGUCAUGAAAAGGAACUGGAUGAUAAAUCUCCAUCACCACCAGUGGGGUAUCCUUUGUGCUUUGGCGGGCUGUUUUCUGAAAAAGGCACAACAGGCGGUUUACUAAGCCAUGCUUAUGAUGCAGAAGAAAUCAAAUUAUCAUCUUCUCCUGAGAUGUCUGUCCUUGCAACAACAGAAAAGUUCCUUCAAGAGGAAGAGAAACACACAAAAGAGUUUGAAGAACGUUUAAAUUCACACCUUGAAGAACUGCAGAGACAUUCUGAAAACACUCUAAAGAAAUAUGCCAUGCUACAACAAAGCAAUUUCAGUGAAAGAGAUGCUGAAGUGCUGCUUUCCAGCAUGUACUGUUGCCAACUUCCUGGAAAAAUCUAG